CCAAACCCAAAAAAGCUAGCUUCACGGCGUUUGUUGUUCUUCCUCGCUCUUCGCCGCCUUCACUCGCAGUCGCAGGUAAGCUUCUUCAAUUCCCCUCUUAAAUCAACUAACGCUUCCUAAUUCCUCCUCUGGCUUCGUUCCUCUCCUUUUUUCCAAGGUUUGUGUCAAUCUGAAAUCAAAAUGAUCAAAUGAUCAUGAACUUAAUUGUAGAAACUUUAAUUAGAUUACUCGAAAUCAAAUUUGACCAAUCUAUCAGAAGCAACCUUUUUAUUACGUUUCUUCAUCUGAAUAGGUCUGCCCAGUUGAAUACAUUACAAGGGUUAUUUUUGUCUGAAUGGAAACUACUCAAAAAGAUGAGCUUUCGAGCUUCUUAAGUGUUCUUCCUCCUGUGGAUUUCUGUUGUGUUUAUGGUUCAACAUUGCACCCAAAUAACCAAGAUAAGGUCUUUUUUUUUUUUAUCUUCUCAUGAAAACUCUCUGUGAUGAUCUUUCCUGUUUGCUAAUUGACUGUAAAAAUGUGACCUUUGCUUUUGUGCAGUCUAAGAUGGUGGACUAUAUCCUUGGAGUCUCUGAUCCUAUAAAAUGGCAUUCUGCGAAUCUGAAAAUGAAUUCAGAUCACUAUGCUUCAUGGAUGGUUCACCUUGGUGGAGCUAGGCUGAUUACAAAUGUUGCCGAUAAAGUAGGAGUUGGAGUUCACUUCAAUCCGUUUGUCAACUGGAACGACAGGGUAAGAAAUUUCCCAAAACUGUAGAGUUGUUUAAAACCUAAUGAACAAUCUAAGUUUGUUAAUUAUAUUUUCAUAUGUUUUCAUUCUGCUCAGGAUGAUAGCAUUGUAUGUAAUCUUAAGCCAUCUUUCUUGCAUGAUUUACCUUCUUUGUGAAGCUAUUUGCAGAAGCUCAAGUAUGGAGUUGUUCGGAUGCAUGACCUAGUACAGGACAUACUGGACUGGAAGAGGUUCUACUUGAGUGGCCGUUUACAAAAACCUGUUCAUAUGCUUGUUGAUAAUCUGGACAUAGAGGAUGUGAAUUCUGUUAAUAAGAGAGCUGCAAUAUCUGCAGCUCUUCUUCUCUUGCCAUCGAAAUUCACCGAGGAAGAUCUAUACGCCAAAAUAUGCAGCCUUUCUUACAUGGGAGACUUGCGCAUGUUUUUUGCAGAGGACACUAAUAAGGUGAACAAGAUUGUGAAGGGACAAUUUGAUCUUUUCCAGUCGAUGUAUAAGCCUUUUCUUGAAGAGUGCGAGACCAAAAACUUAUUGAGAUUCUCAUCGGCUGAAGCUAGUCACACUAAAUUAGUUCAGGAUUCUAGCCUUUCAGCAACACGUUCUCUGGUCUCUUCUCUUCCUGCAUCAGUGAGAAGCCAAAUGGGGAAGUCACUCGGGGAGAAGAAAUUCGUGAGCGAGACCGGUAGAGUUAUGGGAGAAGUUUGUAUAAGUUCGAGAGAAGAAGCAGCGAAAUGUAUGGAGAAAGUCAUGAGGAGAAGGGUAAUGGUUUCAAGCGGAAGACAAGCUGUGUCUGGUUUCUUGGCUGCAGGAGCUAUUAAUGCAACAAUGUAUCUUUCCCAAAAAAUGCGCAAAGCUUGGAACUCUCGUGCAUGACUUUGCCAAAACUCCCCAUGAAAGUUUAGAUGAACAAGGAAAGUUUACAAUAGUUGAUCAUUCUUUUCUUUUCUUUUUCUAAGUAACAAGUUUUUUCUGUCUCGAUGUUUUGUUUUCCAAUGUCGGAGAUGAUAUAAUUCAUAGCAACAAGGCCCACUUAUAUAGCCACAAUUUAGUACAUUUUUGGGCUUAGGAUAUGUUUCUCACCAUUAGUCUUCUGAGAUACAGUAUUGUUGCACGAGCUAAAAGGUUCUAAAAUCAC